AGGGCCGGAGCUCAAAGCCCUAAAGAGGUUUAAGUUCAGAGGAUGAAACGACAGCUGGAGACGGAAACACCGCAGAGACAACGACAACCAACAUGCCUCUCAAACGAGAAGAUACGGAGCGAGCGCUGCAGGCGAUGGAAGCCUGUCAAUCAGCAGGUGAUGAAGGUUUCAGGAGUCGUGCUGAAAGACUCUUGACCAUCUUUCAGAGUGACCUGUUUCAGGCUCUGCUGGAUAUUCAGGAGUUUUAUGAGCUGACAGUGUUUGAGAAUCAGACGGCAGGCCGAGCGCUCACACCAGGACUGAAGUACCGUUACCAUGACGAGGAGACUCCUCCGCUGCAGCACAGUCCUGCUCACCUGACCGCAGGAAAGUCUUCAGAGAUGCUGCCUGUCAGCGACGCCGGACACGCCCCCAUCGACGGUAUCCACGGUUACACACCCCAGAUGCACGUGUCACCCGCCAAACCGGUGUUGCUCCCCAGCGGUCACGCACCCUUCUAUGCCACCUCCACUCUGAUGAACGGGAUGGACGGAGACGUGGAGUAUGAGGAGAUCACACUGGAGAGGGGUAACUCCGGCCUGGGCUUCAGUAUCGCCGGAGGGACUGAUAAUCCUCACAUAGGAGAUGAUCCCAGUAUCUUCAUCACUAAGAUCAUCCCUGGAGGAGCGGCGGCUCAGGACGGACGGCUCAGAGUGAACGACAGCAUCCUGUUCGUGAACGACGUGGACGUGCGUGAGGUCACUCACAGCUUCGCCGUGGAGGCUCUGAAGGAGGCGGGGCCCAUCGUGAGGCUCUAUGUGCUCCGACACAAGCCGUCCGUGGAGAAGAUCGCCGAGCUGAAGCUCAUCAAGGGCCCUAAAGGUCUAGGCUUCAGCAUCGCGGGCGGAGUCGGGAACCAGCACGUGCCCGGAGACAACAGCAUCUACGUCACCAAGAUCAUUGAAGGAGGAGCCGCGCACAAAGACGGCCGGCUGCAGAUCGGAGACAAGAUCCUCGCUGUGAAUAAUAUGUAUCUAGAGGACGUGAUGCAUGAAGAUGCUGUAGUGGCCCUGAAAAACACAGGAGACGUGGUUUAUCUGAGAGUAGCUAAAACUCUUCAUCAUCAGGACACCUACAAUCCUCCUGACAUCACCAGCUCGUAUUCUCCUCACAUGGACAUGUCUGAUUACCCACAAGCCCUCAGUCCGUUGUCUCCGCGCCGCUACUCCCCGAUCCCUAAAGGCCUGCUGCUGGGGGACGAGGACAUUCCCAGGGAGCCGCGGAGGGUGGUCAUUCUCAGGGGCUCCACAGGACUGGGCUUCAAUAUCGUGGGAGGUGAGGAUGGUGAGGGGAUCUUCAUCUCCUUCAUCCUGACAGGAGGAGCUGCUGACCUGAGCGGAGAACUGAGGAAAGGAGAUCAGAUCCUGAGUGUGAAUGGAGUGGAUCUUCGUCAUGCGACUCACGAGCAGGCGGCGGCGGCGCUGAAGAACGCAGGACAGACGGUCACCAUCAUCGCUCAGUACAGACCUGAAGAGUACAGCAGGUUUGAGGCUAAGAUCCACGACCUGCGGGAGCAGCUGAUGAACAGUAGUUUAGUUUCUGCUGCAGCGUCGUUACGGAGCAGCAAGAGAAGCUUCUUCAUCAGGGCUCUGUUUGAUUAUGAUAAGACGGCGGACGGGGGCUUCCUGUCGCAGGCGCUGAGCUUCAGGUUUGGAGAUGUUCUGCAGGUGUUUGACUGCAGUGAUGAAGAGUGGUGGCAGGCCGGAAAACUGACUCCUCACGGAGAACUAGAGGAGACCGGAUACAUUCCCAGCAAGAGGAGGGUGGAGAGGAAGGAAUGGUCUCGUCUGAAGACGCGAGGCAGAGACGCCGUCGGUGGACGCAGCGAGUACAUCGUCAGCUACGAGACGGUGAUUCAGGCUGAAGUGCACUACGCCCGUCCUGUCAUCAUCCUCGGGCCGAGUAAGGACCGCGUCAAUGACGAUCUGCUCUCCGAGUUCCCUGACAAGUUCGGCUCCUGUGUCCCGCACACCACGCGGCCCAAGCGUGAGUACGAGCUGGACGGACGCGACUAUCACUUCGUCUCGUCUCGAGAACAGAUGGAGAAAGACAUUCAGAGCCACCGCUUCAUCGAGGCCGGACAGUACAACAACCACCUGUACGGCACCAGCGUCCAGAGCGUCAGGCAGGUGGCAGAACAGCAGGGGAAGCACUGUAUCCUGGAUGUUUCAGCGAAUGCAGUGAGGAGGUUACAGGCCGCUCAACUUCACCCCAUCGCCAUCUUUAUACGACCCUCAUCCCUGCAGAACAUACUAGAUAUUAACAAGCGUCUGACGGAGGAUCAGUCUCGGAGAGCUUUAGACAGAGCGGUCAAACUGGAGCAGGACUUCAUCGAAUGCUUCUCAGCAAUCGUGGAGGGUGACAGCUUCGAGGAGAUCUAUCAUCGUGUGAAGUCUGUGAUCGAGGAACAGUCUGGACCAUAUAUCUGGAUCCCGGCGCGAGAGAGACUGUAAACACACAC